AACAGAAGAAAAUAAAGCAAAUAAACCGUCAAGAUUUCAUAUGUAUGGACUGUCAAUGGUGUUUGGAUCGUAAUUAGAAGUUUGGCAUUUGUUCAAAAUCAGUGAUAUCGUUCGAUUGUUAGAAAAAACCCUUCAUGAUUUUUUUGUAUUGACAAUCCUUCUUCACUUCAGUGAAUUCGGAGCCUGAAUAUCUUUCUAAUCCAGCUCUUCGAUUGUGACAGAUCCAUACUGCGUUUGCGGGGCUUCAGGGUGACAAUUUACGUCGAUUACCAAACACCGCUUUCUGGAACAAGACAUUUUAUUGCACGGUUUCCGACACCAAGACCCCAUGCGAGCGCCUUGCUAGUGGAAGAAGCAGCAGCCGAUAGCCCCGCCUAUCCCUAGGGUACCUUUGCCCUGAGGUGGGGAGAAAGAAAAACCAAAAAAGAAAAGAAAGAAAAGAGGAAAGGGGAAAAAAAAGCCGAAAAACCAGCGGAACGGAUCCGACCAGCAGUUCGCCUUGCUAGUCCGUUUGGUGUGUUGUCGGAGGCAUGGCUUCCACCUUGACGGGCCCGUGGAUUCUCUGGGCCCUUAUCGUGCCAUUGUGGGCUGCUACCAACCCGCACUAUUUCGUAUCGCAUCCAGACCACAGAGUAGCUCCAGAACAUGUCCGCGAGUUCAGCUGCGGAUACCAGUACUAUCGCACCUUCCACAUCGACUCGAAACGAGAUGUACUGUACGUCGGAGCAAUGGAUCGCUUGUACAGGCUGAAUUUGAACAAUGUCAACAAAAGCCGUUGCGAUUCUGAUGCAUUGUUCCUAGACCCUCAGAAUGUGGCCAAUUGUGUGUCUAAGGGAAAAUCUGAGCGCUAUGACUGCAGGAAUCACAUAAGGGUUAUUCAACCCAUAGGAGAUGGUAGUAAACUUUAUUUAUGUGGGACCAAUGCUCAUAACCCUCGUGAUCUUGUUAUUUACGGGAAUCUUAGUUACCUUGCUCCAAACGAGCAUUUUCCUGGCAUUGGUGAUGGGAUUGCUAAAUGCCCAUUUGAUCCUGAUGAUAAUGCAACUGCAGUCUGGGUUGAACAUGGCAAUCCUGGAGGCUUGCCUGGAUUGUACAGUGGGACAGUUGCAGAAUUUACCAAAGCAGAUACUGUAAUUUUCCGUACGAAUCUUUACAACUUAACAACUGGUGCCAGCGUUCAUCCAUUUAAACGAACAAUAAAGUAUGAUUCAAAAUGGCUAGACAAACCUCAUUUUGUUGGAUCCUAUGACAUAGGCGAUUAUGUGUAUUUCUUCUUUCGUGAAAGCGCUGUGGAGUACAUUAAUUGUGGAAAGAACAUCUAUUCCAGAGUUGCACGAGUGUGCAAGAGAGAUACUGGAGGUAAAAAUAUCUUGAACAAGAAUUGGGCUUCUUAUCUGAAAGCACGACUCAACUGUUCCAUUCCAGGAGAAUUUCCAUUUUAUUUUAACGAAAUUCAACAUGUUUAUAAACAUCCAGACGACGAAAAGAAGUUCUAUGCAGUAUUUUCGACAUCGACGAAUGGAUUGUUAGGCUCUGCCAUUUGUACCUACAGUCUGGAUUCCAUCCAAGAAGUGUUCAAUGGAAAAUUCAAAGAGCAAGCCACCUCUUCUUCUGCCUGGCUACCAGUUCUUACCAGUAAGGUUCCUGAACCCCGACCAGGUCUUUGUGUUAAUGAUACACAAACACUUCCUGAUUCUGUUCUGAACUUUAUUCGAGGUCACCCCCUCAUGGACUCUGCUGUGUCUCAUGAUAAUGCCAAACCUGUUUAUUAUAAACGAGAUGUCAUCUUUACAAGCCUAGUAGUUGACAUGAUUGAAGUGGAUGGUGUGCACUACACAGUUUAUUAUGCUGGUUCUACUGAUGGAUAUGUAUACAAGCUUGUGGAAUGGUAUGACAGGCUUGGAGAAGAGCACUCCAAUUUAGUUGAUAUCUUUGAAGCCACAGUUCCUGAUCCAGUAAGAGCCAUGGAAAUAUCCAGCAAGCACAAAUCUUUAUAUGUAUCAUCUGAUUAUGUUCUGAGGCAAUUUGACCUGGUGAUGUGCAAAGGACGUUUUGCUAACUGUUUGAGAUGCAUUCAAGAUCCGUAUUGUGGAUGGGACAAAGAACGUGGUGAAUGCAAACCUUAUGUUAAUGGACUGCUACAAGAUGUGACCAAUGCCACACCUGGAAUCUGUGAUAAUUGUGUGAAGAAUAAACCUCUACAUGUCUUUUGGGGACAAAGCGUUCAUCUGUCAUGUGCUAUUCAUAUGCCUGAUAUCGAGAGCAUGGGCAUGGGUCCUCUGCGUUGGUAUCACUAUAGUCGUGAGAAGGGCAAAUAUGCUGUAAUACAUCGACGUGAGAAGUAUAUCCACACUGCUGACCAUGGGUUGGUCAUUCUUUCCGUGUCUGAGAGGGAUGCUGGACGCUACGAUUGUAAGCUAGGAACAAGCACUUUAUGUAGCUUCAACAUCACUGUGGACACUAAGACAUGCAGUGCUCCUUCUGAAGCAGAGUAUCGAAAAAUUUACUCAGAUUGGUGCCAUGAAUUUGAGAAGUACAAAAUGGCCAUGAAAACAUGGCAGACUAAACAGGCGAAGUGCCAAUCGGUGCAUCCAAAUGAUGUGACAUAUCAAGGUGGCACCCUUGUCUGAGCCCGCUUCAACGCAGCAAAGUUCCAUGCCAAGCCACCAAGUUGCGUCCGUCACCCCAUUUCUUGCUGCAGCUAAUCUGGACUGCACUACUCCCCGGACAUAGCAGAGUGCUCACCAAACUCUCCUUUGUCCGGUCUCCGUCUGUUAAAUGUGCAUGUGUACAAAAAAAAUUACAUGAUGCUGUUUUUUGUGUGUCACAUCGUACUCUUUCACCUUUCGUCCCUUCCCUGCCAUCAUUAUUUGUGUGCUGUCAUUUCGAACUGUGCCGAAAUAAAAAUAAGAGGAAGGUAUGGCAGGCAUGCAGAGCUUAAUACUAACUGAGUUAAUUGUAAAACUUUUCAAAGUCAAACUACAUGUAUGGCCUUGCUGAAAGAUUGCUGUGAGUUCUGUGUAUAUAGAAACGUUUGGGGAAAGUUCGAAAGCAAGCCCACGCAGUUCAUAUUUUUCUAAUGAAUUCUUCUCAUUUUGCGACUAAAUUUGAAAGAGACGCAUUAGAAGAAAACAUGAGCCAAAAUACUCCAGUUGUAAAAUAUAUCUCCAAAAUCACUCGGGUCAGAAAAGCAAUAAGUGCUUGGCCAAGAUCUGUGUGAGGCGAAGAUUUUAAUGUUUUCUAUGUUGAAAGGAGUUUUAAAUUAUGGUUUUGAAUUUUGAUGGUCAUAUCUCUGUGUUCCAUUUCAUGGCACAAUAGUACUUUGUGCAAAGACUUGGAAUAAUCAUAUUUGUGUUAGAUUUUUUUUUAAUUUUAACAUAUUAUAUGUGUCAUUUUGUUUUUAUUUUGGUCAAAUCAAUUUUCUUUUUUUUUACAAUGGGAAAUAGUGAAAAUUAGAAUAUCAGACAUGCAUUUGUAUAUAUAAUAUAUAUAAAAUUAAAAUCUAUUUCUGAAUUUAAAAAUAGGGGGAAUGUUUUGUAUAAAAAAUAAAUGAAUACACAAAAAUUUUAACAUGCAAACUUUUAUUUCCAUGAUUUAUAGUAUCCUGUGCAUUUACUUUCAGGCUUCCAGAAAAAAAUUUAUAUAAAGUAAAAAUUUUAUUCCUUUGUCUUCAGUUUAACUUUUUUUUUUCAUCGGAUAUAAUACUUUUCUGAAUUAAUAUUAGUUAGCAGGAAUUAAAAUUUUUCAUUUCUUCAACAUUACACACAUGCCAAAAUUUUAAAUUAGCAUUAAUAAUUUUUUUAAUUAUGAAUAGUUUUGUAUACAUUUCAUGGAUAUGAUCAUACUACUACUUAAGAGCAUUGCAUUGACCUGCGGAAGCCUCCAAUUCAGGUACUCACUAUUAACUUGUCAGAAACAGACGAGCUUAUUAAAUACUUUCGAAAAGAUGGAAUGGAGUGAAGAAAUACCAGAAUUCAAUGCUUCGAAAUCGUUGGUGCUUUUGCUCUGAUAUUAUAGCUUUGUGACAUGUAUCUUUAAAAGGAAUUUUAAUACUGUGUGACAUUUCUUUUUGUUUGACAUUUUUUACUUUUAUUAUUAUUAUUAUUUUCAUUGAGCAGCACUGCUGGAAUUGUCAUUUUCGGUAGCUUAUUGUGAUUGAGUUGUGACUUCUGAUUUAAUUUAUUUUGCAUCAUUUAUGUAAGACUCAUUACUUUUGUACAAAUUGUAGACAGUUAAACCAGAAAUGUUUUUGUGAUAGAAAAUACUGUUUGUGUUAUACGAUCUCAUGGCUGUAUACUGUUAUCCCUAUUUCACUCAUUCAAAAGAAUGGGCAGCAGCAUAAUUAUUAAGACAACUCAGUUUUGCUAAACUCUUUAACAGCCAAGCAUACUCAAAAUUUUUCAGGUUUUUGUAGCAUAGCAUUUAAUGACUUUCCUUGGAGCUAACAAACUUUUUCACAGCUUUCAAUUUAUUACUUCUGAAUGUGUUCAAGAAAAUUAACAUGUUCUGACAUAUUGCUCGGCUGUUAAGAGAAAGAAAUGUUUUCUCUUUCUCCAUUAUGAAGACCAGUGCUGUUGCUUUCUAGUCACUCCACAAGCAUUUAACAAGUAUCAAUAUGUUUGAAAUGUGACAAAGAAAUUUUAUAGCCAUUUUUUUUCUUUAUUCAUGACUGAGUAUGUGUCUUCAUUAAGCAUUAGUAAAUUGAAAUCAAAACUCAUCCUUGAAUUUGCAUAUAUGCCAAGUCAAUUUUCAAAAUUAUACAAAUUUUAAGGGGUAACUUAAAAUAACUGUAUAUAUUUACUGUUUAUAUAUAUAUGCAUAAAUAAACUCCAUGUUGAAAUA